AUAUUUUUGGACCAAUAUAUAUUAAUACCUACGAACAAAUAAACGAAAAUGGAGGAAGCAGAACAGGAAAAAGAUAUCGAUUAUUUCCAUCCUAUACGCAUGAAUACGUUGGGUAUACCACAAGAGCACGACCUCUUGUUGGCUUAUGAUGUAUAUCGACCCGCGUUAGAAACUCGUGCAUUAAAGUCCGAAUCGGGACGCACCAUGUAUGCAGAGUACUUCAUCGAGGACAUAAAGUUAGGCCCAUUGAGGGAUCUUUGUACACGCGCCUUAAGCUCGGCAUACACGCCGGAUCAAGUUUUACUAGGCAAUGAUCCGCUAAAAACUCGUUUGUACUAUGAUUCACUGAGUUUGGAUCUACCGUUGGAGGAAAGCUAUAAUAUCACGGAUGAGAAAUAUUGGCGUCGCUUUGUAUUGGCCAAGAAUAAGGAUGCGACUUUAGCAUUUAAGAAAGAAUAUAACUGGCGUAGUCUUGGACUAUCGAUGAAAUUUGUGGAAUUAGUAGAAGCUUGCCCGGCUGAAUAUUGGCCCGAAGAUGAAAUGCAGCCGAUAGCAAUGCACAUUAAGGAUCAUGUUGAAGAGAUGCACAUACGAAGUUUACAAUCAGUUUCAGAACGUUUUUUCAAAGAACGAGUUCAUUUAGAUGAAUCUGAUGAAUCAGAGAGCGAUUCGACUGACGUUGAAUCGAUGACGGCGACGCCCCGAUCAAUCCAGACUUCAUGGGACGAAAUGGGUGAGGAGGAGGGGGAGGGAGAUGAUAAGGAAGGGAAAAAAGAACGUAGUACAAUUCAACAGGAUGAUGAGGAAGAAGUAGAAAUAGAGAAAUCAGAAGCUGAAAAGGAAUGGGAUCGCUUACAUCAGGACAUACUGGAGGAGCGUAGCGAAAGAACACGUAUAUUAAGGGAAGCGCAAGAAAAGCGGCGCGCAGAGCGUGCAGAAAAACGGCAGGCUCAAGAAUUACUAAAAGCAAAAACUAUGUCGCCAGUUGAAGAACCAAUACCUGGAAAAAAGAAAAAACCAUUUAGGCCAAAAGGCGUGUUAGAUAUACAGGUUGAAGAACCCGAAGAUGAUGGCGAGGAUUUGAUUAACGAUCGGCGAAAUUUAGAACGCGCGCUUAAGAUGAUUAAACUGGUGGAUUAUCCAAUGCGACUUUGUCAUCAUAUUAAUUUAGGUUUUCUGCGUUUUUUCGAAAAUCUAGUCAACUUCACUAUAGAGUUUUGCGGCCCAGAUAUGCAGCGUGAUUUUCAUGAACGACAUUUGAAGUUUUCAUAUGUCGAUAUGCAGAACUUGGCUUUCGGUAUAUCGUUUCUACAAAAGUUAAAAAUUUUCCGACUACGGUCCAGCCAGAUGGAUGGGCAGAAGUUAUAUAUUAUCAGCAAGGCACUUAAAUGUUUACAAAGUAUCGAAAUAAUUGAUUUCGGAUAUGAUCACUUAGAGGACGAUUGUGGCCUGGGCUUAUAUGAAUUGUUUCGCCAUACCAAAUCAAUAAAAUCGCUUGAACUUGAACAUAAUUUGAUUGGACAGCGUGCCAUGCACUUUUUAGCAAUUGGUAUCAGCCGCUAUGGCGGGCAACUGGAAUAUGUUGGACUGGAUGGUAAUCUGCUAGGUGAUGAAGGUCUACAUGAGCUUAGCAACAAAAUUCUUGGAACACAGCACGUUGCUCGUCUGAGACUUCGAAUUGCACAGCUUACUGAAUCGGCGAUUAUAUGUUGCAUUGCAAAUGAGUUACUAAAACAUCCACCGCUCCAAUAUUUGGAUAUACGUACUGUGCCGAUAAGUCGGGUGGCAGGCGUUGAAAUACUGAAGGUACUGCAAUUCAAUCAAACUUUAAUGCACUUUGAUGUACGUGAUUGCCAAUUGGACCCUGAUCUUGGAUUGGAUAUAGUUUUAAUUAUGAAGCGAAAUCAAUACAUCGCCGAAAAUCCCUACUUGAAUGACCCAACGUUAUCUGCAGACAAGAUUGAGGAAUUUGUAAAUCGCAUAAAAAACCCGCUGCUACUGCGCGCAACAGAUGCUGUGAAAAAACGUGCUGAGUGUUUAAAGAAUCGCCCACCCGAAUUCAUACCAAAUGUCGAUUUAUUGCAAGACGAAGAACAUCUAGACAAUGCAGCCGAAAGCGUAACAUCUCUAGAUAAGUUAAUUCCAAAGACACAGCCAGACUCGGAGCAAGAGAAGCUGCCUAUAACACUGACUGACGGUAAUAAUAUUUUACGACCUACCCCCUUCGUUUACGAUCCGACCACUUUUACGGAAGAAGAAUUCCACGAGCAUGUCUUUUUGCCGGGACCUGCUGAACGUUAUUACUUUUAUAAUCUGUCACAAAAGCAACAAAUAAGUACAGGAGCUGAAACAACUCCAUAGCUUGACGAAAAAUGCUUGAGCUCAAUCGAAAACAAUAAAGGGAGUCGUCUAAUAUAGAAAAUGUAUAAAGAACGUUACGAAAACGCACAAAAUGA